UCUCCUGCAUUGAAUCCGCUAAUACAGUGUAUGGGCCGUCGCCGCAUCCCAUUUUAAUCUUCAUCACAGCUCCCAUCAUCUCCUGUCUCUCGCUCUCUCGUUCCCAAUUCCAGCCUUCUUCUUCAACCCCAUAGCUGCACAAACUGAACCCGAUACAACGAUCGGAUUAUUGAACAUUUACUCCGUCGUCUUAUCCACGGCGGUCGAUUUUGUUUAACCGAUGCAAUUUUGAGGGUUGAAUUUUGGAAAGGUUGAGAAUUUGAAACUCUGGGGGAUUAGAUGGCGUUGCAAGAUAAGCUAGACAGGUUCAAGAAACAGCAAGAACGGUGUCAGACUACCUUGACUGGCAUUGCUGCAUCCAAGUCUUCCUCCACACCCAAGUUUACGCCUGCACCAGCUGCUCCCAAUGGAAGACCUCCGGCUCCUGCUGUAAAGUUCUCCAAUGAUACCGAGAGACUUCAACAUAUUAACAGCAUUAGGAAAUCUCCUGUUGGGGCUCAGAUCAAGCGGGUUAUUGACCUGCUGCUGGAGACAAGGCUAGCCCAUACACCAGAGCAAAUCAAUGAAGCGUGUUAUGUUGAUAUAAAUUCCAACAAAGCUGUUUUUGAUAGUCUGCGGAAUAACCCAAAGGUGCACUAUGAUGGGAGGCGUUUCGCAUACAAGUCCAAGCAUGAUUUAAAGGAUAAGAGUCAACUUCUGUACUUGAUACGGAAAUUUCCAGAAGGCAUUGCUGUCAUUGAUCUCAAGGAUUCUUAUCCAACCGUUAUGGAAGACUUGCAAGCCCUAAAAGCCUCAGGCCAGGUUUGGCUUCUCUCAAACUUUGAUUCACAAGAAGAUAUUGCAUACCCAAACGAUCCUAGAAUUCAAAUCAAGGUAGAUGACGAUCUGAAGAUACUUUUUCGGGAGAUUGAGUUACCUCGUGACAUGCUCGAUGUUGAGAAGGAUCUUCAAAAGAAUGGGAUGAAGCCUGCAACCAACACGGCCAAGAGGCGAGCCAACGCACAACAUGUGGCAUCCUCAAAGCCGAAGCCCAAGAAAAAGAAGCAAGAGAUCAGCAAGAGGACUAAGCUCACCAAUGCACAUCUUCCCGAGCUCUUCAAAAAUUAGACAACCAUUACCGUACGUUUAUACGGUUAUCUGUAGGGUGUGAUACAACAAUAUACUUAUGCAUAGUUGAUGGACUCUGUAGAUAGCAUUCUCCAUCCCUUCUGUUUGAUGUAUUGUCCUUUUCUGUUUUCUUGAGAUCAUCAGAGAAUUAAAUGCUCCUAUGGUAACUUUUGUGUAUGCUUUUACUUCAAUUAAUUGAACAAUUGAAAUAUAAGAGAUAAGCUCAAUCUAGAUAUGAUAUAUGA